GCGCGGCGGCGGCAUGGGCGACGGGGCGCGGCGCCCCCAGCCUGCGACCCCGCGGACCCUCCUCUCGGCGCGCCGCCUCCGCAGCCGGGGCUCCGGCGUGACUCCGGCACCGAGCCCCACUCCCGCGGGCGGCGCGUAGGGCGGCUAUCGAUCCGUGCCCUCCCGGGACCCGUCGGCUUCAGCCCGGGUCGCACGGCCGCCGAGCCGCCUUCGGCGGGGCCCUCCCGAGGCCCCGGAGCGGGGACCAUGAAAGUAAAACUGAGCUCUUAAUUAAAAGGGCAGAAGUUAACAAUUAACUAAGGAUGCAGGCCUUCUCAAAAGUGAGGUCGGCCGCUGGCGACGGAGAUGCGCUGUGUGUUACAGAAGAGGAGCUGGCAGCCGACGACGAUGAGGACAUGCCGUCCUUCCCAUGCACACAGGAGGGCCGGCCGGGGCCCCGCUGCAGCCGCUGCCAGAAGAACCUGUCUUUGCACACGUCGGUGCGGAUCCUUUACCUCUUUCUGGCCUUCCUGCUGGUGUCUGUGGCCGUGCUGGCCUCUCUGGUUUUCAGGAAAGUGGACUCUCUCUCAGAAGACAUCUCCCUGGCCCAGGCCCUUUAUGACAAGAAGCUCGUGUCUAUGCAGGAAAAUCUCCAAGGGCUGGAGCUGAAAGCCCCGAACAACUGCUCUUUCUGCCAUGAGGCUGGGCAGCUGGGGCAAGAGAUCAGAAAGCUGCAGGCGGAGCUGGAGGGAAUUCAGAAGAUGCUUCUGGCUCAGGAGGUCCAGCUGGACCAGACCUCCCAGACCCACGAACUGCUCUCCACCACCAGCGGUCAGAUCUCCCAGGAGAUGGGCAAUUGCUCCUUCUCCGUCCACCAGAUCAACCAGUCUCUGGGGCUCUUCCUGGCCCAGGUGAGAGGCUGGCAGGCCACCACAGCCGGCCUGGACCUCUCUCUGAAGGACCUCACCCAGGAGUGCUACAACGUCAAGGCUGCGAUGCACCAGAUCAACUUCACCGUGGGGCAGACUUCUGAGUGGAUCCACGGGAUCCGGCGGAAGACAGACGAGGAGACCCUAACCCUCCAGAAGAUGAUCGCCGACUGGCAGAACUACACACGGCUCUUCAGCAGCCUGCGCACCACCUCGACCAAGACGGGAGAAGCGGUCAAGAGCCUCCAGGCCACCCUGGGGGCCUCCUCCCAGCGCAUCAGCCAGAAUUCUGAGAGUAUGCACGACCUGGUGCUGCAGGUCAUGGGCUUGCAGCUGCAGCUGGAUAACAUCUCGUCCUUCCUGGAUGACCAUGAGGAGAACAUGCACGACCUGCAGUACCACACCCACUACGCCCAGAACCGCACGGUGGAGAGGUUCGAGACGCUGGAAGGACGCAUGGCUUCCCAUGAGAUCGAGAUCGGCACCAUCUUCACCAACAUCAACGCCACCGACAGCCACGUGUACAGCAUGCUCAAGUACCUGGAUGACGUGCGGCUCUCCUGCACGCUGGGCUUUCACACCCAGGCCGAGGAGCUCUACUACCUGAACAAGACCGUCUCCCUUAUGCUGGCCACCACCGACCUGCUCCGGGAGCGCUUUGGCCUGCUCAGCGCCCGCCUGGACUUCAACGUGCGCAACCUGUCCAUGGUCAUGGAGGAGAUGAAGGCCGUGGACACACAGCACGGGGAGAUCCUGCGCAACGUCACCAUCCUACGAGGUGCCCCAGGCCCUCCAGGACCGAGAGGACUCAAGGGAGAUGUGGGCGUGAAAGGGCCCGUUGGCAGCAGAGGACCAAAAGGAGACCUCGGCAGCUUGGGCCCCCCAGGACCUCAGGGUCCUCAAGGGCAGCCAGGGGACACCGGGCCUGUAGGAGAAAGGGGGCCGGUUGGCCUGCGAGGUUUCCCAGGCCUCAAAGGCUUGAAGGGCAGCUUUGGAACUGGAGGCCCAAGAGGACAGCCAGGCCCCAAAGGGGACGUGGGGCCACCAGGGCCAGAGGGGCCCCCAGGGUCUCCAGGGCCAGAGGGGCCUCAGGGAAAACCAGGGAUCGCUGGGAAGAUAGGGUCACCAGGCCAGCGGGGGCCCAUGGGGCCAAAGGGCGAACCAGGAAUCCAGGGUCCCCCUGGCCUCCCUGGGCCCCCAGGCCCACCAGGGAGCCAGAGCCGCUAUUGAGGAGCGGCCCGGUCCCGGACACUGCCACGCAGAAGGCGGGGAAGGGUGCUCGGGUGAGGAGAGACCCCUGAAAAGCCGCACCUGCAGACAUUGUGGUCCUUCGGUCCCGAAGAGCGUUCUCCCAGGCCUGCCCCUGCACCUCCGGGCUUCCCAGUAGUGACUAUACCAUAGAAGGCAGCCCCGUAUACACACACGCACAUGCACACGCACAUUUCCCUGCUGGCCGGGGGGUGACUGGGUUUCCGUGGCUGGGCGGGAGGAGAGGGCAGGAGAGCCCCCUCGCCUGUGGCUGAGCCUGCCGGGGAAGCGGCUACCUCGGGGCAGCGGUCUUAAUUCUGGCUCUGAGUUGGUGACCAGCGCUAGUCUUUCUAGCAUCUUCACACCCAUCCUAGCUAGCUGGCAUUUCCCUGAGGCUCCCAGGCGUUGAAAAGACCCAGGAAAAGCUUUGCAGGGGAUUAUGGUUCAAACUCGAGGGACGAGGUGGAUUUGGCAACCAUAAGACCUUCCCUGUAACCAUGGGAGCAGCGUCCUGGGAACUCACACGGGACACACCUGGGCCCUGAGCACUGUGUCCCCAGGAGUUCAGCAUUUUUUCCCACAUCUCCAGAAAAUUCCUCGCUUCAUCCUUGCGUCCACCUCUCAGGAGCAUCUCAGAAGGAAUCCAAGCAGGAGCUUCAUCUGCACCGGGACACUUUCCAGGCCCUGGAACGUUCUGCCAAAGUAGAAGGCCCCGUUCCAAUCCGGGGGGUGACCGCUUUGUGGCAACUGGGGGAGGGCUGACCGCCGGGCUGCUCUCCCUUCCCCGCGCCUGCUCUCCUCCUGACCUCACCCCACCGUGACCCAGAAUGGCCCCAGGCCUCUCUGCAGGGGCAGCUGGACCAGAUGAGGGGGAGGGGCCCCAGCUCCCUUUGAUGUCACCCCUCACCCACCUUCAUCCUCCUGUGCAGCCAGCAGCAAGGAGGACUGGGACAUCCCCAGUGAAGCUGCCCCUCCUUUGUGUUCUAACAGAUAACGACCACCCCUGGGAUGGGGGCUUACAGCUGUCCCCUCCCCAGCCCGACCCAGAGACCGGCCCCUCUCCAUUCCAGAAGCCUUCCCCCUUCUUGUAACAGGUGUGCAACUGGCUUGCACUCCUGCUGCCCUCACUGCCGUGUAGUUCUCCUGUCUACAUAUGAUAUCAUGCCACGUAGUAUCACCGACUCAGUAAAGAGCUGUUUCCAGGA